AUGGAGUCAAGCUAUAGUUCACGCUCACGAUUUUCCCUCUUAUUCUUAUUCUUCGUUGGAGCUUUUUUACAGUUAACAAAUGGUAAGCAUCGAAAUAUUUAACUGGGUUAAAGGCGAGGGUUGGGACACACGGUACGGACGAUGUCCCCUAAUCACCCAUUUUAUUUUUUGCGUUGCUUAUGACCUGGUCAGAAGCAUAUAAUCCCGGUUAUAAGCUUCUUCCUGGUGAACAGAGUAGAACCUAGAAAUGGCUGAUGGAAUCCUACAUGAAAUCCCUAGUAACCACCAAUUUUCUUUCAUUUCAAAAGUUUUGCUGAGAAGCUCUGUUUCCAGCCGUUUGUCGUUUCGUUUACGUUUCUGCCGUCUCAGCCGUUUGCUGGUGGGAGUCUGGUUUGCAGUCGACGAUGGCAUAUCAAGUGGGGCGGAGGGCGAGAGAGCGGUGGGGUGGGCCUUAACUUCAUUUUUCAGUGAAACUGAGGUCCGCAGAGCCUAGAAAAAGUUUUUUUUGAGAGGGGACUUCCGGAUCCGUCUUAAUUCGGUGUCUGGAUUAGUAGUCCCACAAUUGUCUGUAGUGCUUCCUUAUCUCGACCUGGUGAUGUGGUAAUCGAGCCUACUGCUACGAAGGCUAAAGCAGUUAAUGCGUCACAGAUAAGGCAAUACUUUUGUUUUGAUGAUGUGCUCUUAUAAAAAAAAUGAGAGAAAUCGUUUAUUCUCGUAGCAGACUCUCUUGGGUCGCUGAAAAUCGAGCCUAACGUAGCACACAGUAAUUUCGUCAGCUUCCAAAACACGUGACGAGUGGCAACUGUUUUCUCUCUCGCGCGCUUCUCCCCCGUUUGAACACUUUCGAACAAUUUAUCUGUUUUUCUUUUUUUUGCUAACUUCUGUGCAGCUAAAGCAGGUCCAAGACUAGAGGACGUUAUAGAGGAGGCAGAAAGGGAAUCCAAAAUAAUCGCCAACGAGAUAAAUCGAUGGCUCCUAACGGAAUCCGGAAGUUUGUUAAAGGGAGACGAGGAGGUACACAUUCGCUCUCACCGAUCUAUAGAUGAGGACGACGAAGACAAACAAAGCGAUACAAAUUUUUUAUCAAAAGCCAGCCAACUGAUCGUCAAAAGAGAUGUUGAGAAUAACGCAAAGAAGUAUCACAAGAAAGAGAGCGGGGUUCCUGCUAGAAAGAACAAGAUCAAAAAAGCGAGGAGUGAUCCUGUGGCCAAAGGUCAUCAUCAAAACGCGAGAAAAAGGAAUUCAAUUCGUGUGAUAAAGAAACAAGGACUAGUAAAACAUCACACAAAGAAAGGAGGAGGAAAAGAUAAAGCAGAUGAUAAAGGUAAAUUAGCGAUGGACGAGUUAAGUAAAGCACGCCUCGUGAAAGCGCUGAUUGAGGGAGAUUCUGAACCAAAGAAAGAUGCGGGUGUUUCUGAGCAAACUUAUAAAGAACUCGCCGAGUUUAUUGCAAGCAGUGAUCAAUACACAAUUGAAACAGGUAGCAAAAAAUCGCUCAUCCCAAGACCUGUGUCAAAAGCGCAUGCGAAAGGCACACAUAUUAAACUAACAAAGAAACACAAGAGGGUACUGGACAUACUAUCCAAGUUAGCACCAAACGUUCUUCGAAAAUAUUUCCACCAAAAAGGCUUGGACAAAUAUUGGAAAGUCAUGGAAAACAUCAAGAAAAUCCAUGCUGCUAAAAGGAAUAACCAAAAGAAGAAAUUCGUGGAUAACUCCAAGGAUAUUAAAGCUGUUAAGCAGGGUAGUGAGGAGGAAAUAAAGGAAAAUAAACACGCAAAAGGUAGUAAAAUCGUCCCACCAAAGAAGCAGAAAUUGUCUUCAGAGCUUAAGCAUCCAGAGAAUGAUGCUUUAUUAAAGAUGCAAACAAAAUCACAAGAAAAUUUUUCAAAAAUAGAGUAUUCCAAAAAAAAAAAAGCUAACGAUAAGGCAAUAAGGAAAUUACACAAGCACGACGUUCUUCGAAACUCUUCUCAGGAGGCUAUGGUUGUUAAAUCUACUGAAGAAAAGCGCGCAAAGAAAUCAAAGAAAGAAGUGGCUAUUGCAAUUGAUCACGUGAAGAAACAACAGCAUCAAACUGUAGUGGAACCAAGUCAUCAAAGAGAAAUUCCACAACCUCAAAAAGAUGAGAAAAAGAAUCUGUUUAAGGUGAUAAACAGUAAAAAUAUUACUUCUAAAGAGAAGAAAAAUGAGAAGCUCGGCUCUGAAAAGAGCUUAGACUCAUCAGCAGAGUCGGGGUCUCAUGUUCAAAAUGCCGUCGCAAAUAGUGUUAAUGAAAAGCAUGAAGCUCCUCGAUUUAAAGAUGUGCCCAAACAAGAAAGACAGAAGAAAGUUUCAGGAUCUGUAAUUAAAAAAACCGCACAUGCAAAGAAAAUUAAUGGUGAUGCUAAAGAUUUGAGUUCAUCAGCCAAUCAAGCCAAAAUGUCCACGAGCAAAAACGUUCCGAAAACGCUGGAGAAGUCAAAUCAAGUUUUCGUGAAGCAAGACUCAAGCACACAUCAAAUAAAAAACCGCCAACAAGAGAAAGCUCCUCAGUUCCAGGUUAAGUCAGGGACUAAGAAUACAACAAGAGAAUUGACCAACAAAAAUAUUUCAGAUGCUGAAAAUCAUAAAGAUACCGCCAAAACACCUUCAGGAAUGGAGCAUCACGUGAUCAAAUGGACGCAUGCUCGCCAGCUCGAGUCAAAACACAAUGAAAGUUUGGAGGUCAAGGAAGAACACCCUGCUUCAGGCAAGAUUAAUUAUUUGAAAGAGAAGAUCAGGAAAACGAACAACUUGAAAUUUAAAGUGGCCCAAGCGCUCCUCGCUCACUGCGAGACGAAAAAUAGACUGCGAAAAGUAUUUGAUGAUGUGAAUUCGUCUUUGAAAAAAGCAGCAGUACUUGCUCAAGCUAUUGGUAAAAAGUUCGGGAUUCAACAGAAUGACAUCGACAAAAUUACCUCUUAUCACACUGAAGGCGCUGUCGAGCAGUUCCUCAAUAAGCUAUUCUAG